AUGUGCCGCCUGGUUUUUCGGUCAACGCUCACUCUUCUUACGGUGUGUAUUUGUGGAACUUGCGUAGGACACACGACAGUCUAUAACUCCCUCGAUGAGAAUCUAAGUUCUCUGUUCCGGUUUAUUACCAAUCGAUCGGUGAUUUCUAAGGAUGAGUUAGAUGACUUUCUGGGAACACUUAAUCUACGUCCUCAUGCUCAUGAUCACGAGGACGAAGCACAUUUACAUGAAGAAAAUGCCACCCACUGUUAUUCCGCCGAUGAGUUGUUCAAUUUCUUCCCAAAUACUUCGGGUCUCAACGAACGACAGUUGGAACAAAUUCUCCCCACAGUAGUCCAUGAAAUCUGUACCGAUGCGUGUCACCAUGAUCAUCACGAACAUACGUCAGAUGGUGCCGGCAUUCGUCAACUCGGUUGGCAGCCCAUCUUAGCUACCGUUGCAGCAGUCCUCAUCCUGUGCGCCUCCGGGCUCAUUGUCGUCGUGAUCCUUCCACUGAUGUCCCGCAGCUUCUAUCACGUUAUCACACAGUUUUUGAUCGCCCUCUCGGUGGGCUCCCUGACUGGUGACGCAUUUCUCCAUCUGAUUCCACACAGUACUCCUUUGGUUUAUUGUUUAGCUUCUUUGCAACAUAACUGCCUUACGGAUCCGUGCUCGCACCUUGGCGUACAUCACAUCAUUCUGCCCCGCCUCUCCUUGUGGGAUGCGACGGUGGACCAUUUUAAUGUGCUUUCUAAUCACAUUUAG